AUGGCGGCAGCUCCGCAGCUCUCCAAGGCCGAGUACCUGAAGCGUUACUCACCUGGGCCAGAUGCCGGUGUCGAUGGGGCCUCCAACUCCCGGCGCAAACGGCGCAAAAAGCGACCGAAGCCCAGCGGGGCCGGCGGUAAGGUUGUGAAUGAUGAUGUGAGCCAGACAGCCAUCUCUACCGCUAAACCAGAAAAGGAGGAAGAAGAUGAUGGAGAUUUGCCUGUGGUGGCUGAGUUUGUGGAUGAACGGCCGGAAGAGGUCAAACAGAUGGAGGCCUUUCGCUCCAGUGCCAAAUGGAAGCUCCUAGGAGGCCACGACGAAGACCUACCUUCACAAGGGCAUUUCCGUCACGACACCCCGGAUCCUACUCCUCCCAGGAGAAUCCGUGAGGACACCCCGGGUCAUCUUCUCCCAGGCGGGAGGGUCCGUCACGACACCCCGGAUCCUUCUCCUCCCAGGAAGCCUCAUCACAGUUCUUCAGCUGUGUUUCCUAGGAGAACCCGUGAUGAUUCACCAGAUCCAUCUCCUUCUAGGAGGACGUCUCAUAAUUCCGCAGAUAUUGCUUCCUCCAGAAGGGCCCCUGACAGCUCCCCUGAUGCUUCCCAACCUAGGAAAAUUCUCGGCACCUCUGACACAGGGCAACUCAGGGGGACCCGACACAAUUCCCCCAAUUCGGCACCUGGUGUCACUCACUCAGUGUCCAAAACCAAAAGUAAGAAAGCCCCAGAAAGAGCAUUCCCACCUUGGAAUGAGCCACAGACCUCUCAUUCAUUACUCCCGAAGAAGAGCAAAUAUGAGUGUAACUCGGAUCUCUCUCCACCACGAAAAAGACAGGCAAAAUCCCAUUUUGGAGAUAAGAAGCAGCUUGAUUCUACAGGUGACUGCCCGAAAGCUGAUUCCGAUCUUUCUCCUACAGGGCAUAAACCAAAUCCAAGGCCUCAGGAUUCUGACUCAGAGCUGUCUCCUCCAUGGAACAGAUCUCAACACCGAAGCUCUGAUUCUGACCUCUCUCCACCAAGGAGGAAACGGGGGACCAAGUCUCCUGCUUUGGAUCUGUCUCCACCCAGGAGAAGUCAACCUGCCGGAAAGCGGGCUGCACACAUGUAUUCAGGAGCUAAAACUGGGUUGGUGUUAACUAAGGUAGAGCAAGAACAGCAGGAGCUCAAGAAACAGGACCAAGAAACCCUGGCAUUUGAAGCUCAAUUCCAGUUUGCUGAAACCGUAAUUGGUCGUAAGAGGAAUUUGAAACUGGAAUGUUUGGAGGAGAGGAGAAAAGCAGAGAAGGACAUGGAGAGAAAUGAGCAGUACGCGCGAUGGGGAAAAGGGCUGGCCCAGGAGCGGCAACAGCAACACAAUGUGGAGGAUGCAAUCAAGGAGAUGCAGAAGCCUCUGGCCUGCUAUAUUGAUGAUGAAGAUCUGGAUCAGGUGCUGAGAGAACAAGAAAGAGAAGGAGACCCCAUGGCCAACUUCAUCAAGAAGAGUAAGGCCAAUGAGAGCAAGAAUAAGAAAGUGCGACCUCGCUACAAUGGCCCAGCACCUCCUCCCAACAGAUUCAAUAUCUGGCCUGGAUAUCGCUGGGAUGGAGUGGACAGAUCCAAUGGAUUUGAACAGAAGCGCUUUGCCAGGCUUGCCAGCAAGAAGGCAGUGGAAGAGCUUGCCUACAAGUGGAGCGUUGAGGAUAUGUGACUUUGUGGAGCUGUGCUGGUGGAUAUGGGCUGUGGUAGCUGGCAUAAGGCAGCCAGACCUCCAGCAGGAACAGUCGCCCAUGCCAGUGAUCAACGCCCACGCAGACCAGCAACUGGCUAAAUGCCAGUUUUCAUCACGGAAGAAUGUUUGAGACCAGAUCUUUGGUCGGAGGUACCUGACCU